AUGGAGGCUGCACCUUAUCUGGGAUUUAUUGUCCAGGAUGUCAUAAACCAAAAAAAUCAGGAGGAAAUUCUACGUCAGCAAGCGGUUGAAGUUACAUUGGAAAAUGGAAGCACGGACUUUAUACGUCCUGAAGCCAUCUUUUUGCGAGGCGUCGAUGAACUAUCCACAGAUGACAUCAAGGCUUUCAUCAAUUAUUACGUGAACUUCACGGUUGAAAAGUCUGAGGACGAUGUGAUGAAUUACAGGGAAAUCAGUCAGGUUCCAUUCAAUGUGCAAUGGAUCAAUGACUCACUGGCUAAUAUUGUUUUUGACUCACACGACGACGUGCGAAUGGCGUUCGAAAAGUUGUCCCCUGAGGAACUUGUGAUAGAGCCUGAAUUUGUAUCAAAUGGUGCUUACGUCCAAGACAUAUUGAAGGAACGUCUGACAUAUCUGUAUGAACCAAUUGAAGCAUUCAAAAAGACUCAAUCUCUUUUCGCACGAAUUGACAAACCCCAAGUGAAUGAUGACGCUAUCAAAGAAGAGACCCUGAAGCCGAUGCUCAAAAUAAGGCAACUGUUGCGCUCAGACCAGAAAGUUUCCGGAGCCUCAAAGUAUUCCAGAUACUAUUUGUUCAACGGUGACCCCGAACGUCAUAAUACUUGGUAUCGACCUCGUAGAAAACCUGAUCGGGAUUCCGAUGAACAAGUACAAAACCUGACCAUCCAAAAUGAUGAUGAGAAGGAUUUAUUCGCAGAUCGAGUCCGUGGCUCUCAUCGCUCGAGAAACGAACUGACGAAUCGCAGAGGCCGUGAUCGUGAUGAAGAUGAGGAUCUUUUUGCAGAUCGCUUGAGAGAGGUAUCCCCCGAGCGUUUGAGCGAGCGUCCUAGAAAACGUGGUCGAUCCGGUCGUCGAGCUCGCAAUCGUAGCACCCAUCAAUCGAAACCAAGCAAAGCUAAUCAAUCCACGGUUGAAUCGAACGAUAAUAAUGCAGGGAAUGGCAUCAAUGCUGCUAGUCCUGAGACUGGCGCUCUCAAUUCCGAGUCACGCAUGGAGCUCUAG